AACGGUAUCUCUGGGCCCGGUGUUCCUUCCCGGCUGAAACUCGUGGAAAGUGCUGCGCGCUCCGGUUCACGAUACUCUAUUCAGAGGGACGGAACAAGAGAGAGGAAGAAGAGUGGAGGAAGAGAGGCGGAAGAGAGGAAGACGGAGAGGAGCAUUCGUCGAAGAAAGGCGUGCUCGCGAGGUUUUGGGAUCUCUCGGUGGGACGCGCGUAUCCCGAUUAUCUGCCGAUCCUUAUCCGUCGUCUCUCCCUGGUCGGAUUCGGAAGUCCCAUUCCUCCCGAUACUGCCGAUUGAUCGCCGACAUUCUUCUCAUAUGUUGGUUACUCGAUGGACGUCGCGUAUCCGUUCGGACCGUGCCGCGGUUGAAGUAUCGUUCCCCGAUUGCGAGUGCCAGUGAGUGGAAUAGAUCGAGCAUCGGACGAAAGAAUGAGGCACACGAACCUUAGAAGAACGCUCGUGCUACUGAUCGUCGCGAACGCGGUUUACAGUCCAAAUGCGACCGUAAUCACGAGCGACGGCCUUCAAGGCUACGACCCUCAGUUCAUGGUCGGCUGUUACUUUCCCGCGGAAUUUCAGGGUGAGUUCGUGACACAGGUGAGCGGAAAGGAAGCCAGCGAUGCGACCGGCGUGCAGCCCAUUCAGUACUCCACCAUCAACAUCAUGUUCAACGCGAUACCGGUGUGGGGUUACUGCCACAGGAGGGUCGGCGAUAACGUGUUGCUAAUGGACAGGUACGGCGAUGGCGGCGAGUGCAUCCGAUGCUUCCGGUUGACGAGGAGGUCGAGGAACGUCAUCGAAGUGUUCUCGGAGGAUCUGAAUAGGUGUUACACCACUAUAUCCACCGCUUUGGCUUCUUGCGACAUGCUGAACUCUACGUCCAUCUUGUACCGUACCAAAGAGAUCGGAAAUGUUCCUAUUCGAAACGAGUACUGCCCCAUAACCGGACAGUACCAUUUCAAGUACAGCUUAAACAAUGGAUCCGAACGUGCCAUCGAAUGCAACAGCUUCUCCUCGUCGUUCAACAACUGUCCCGAUGGCUCGGUGCUGAGGCUGCAUUUCAAUUGUUGCACCUUUGAGUCUCAAACGAACCUUUCGUUCAAUUGCUUGGGCAACUGGCCCGGUCCAAAUGGGUCCACUUACUUCGCUCUGUUGGACAACAAUGCGAUUAGCGAGGGCAAGCCUCAAUAUAGAUGCGGGUUGUUCCACGUUGACAAUAUCAAAGGGAAAACGUAUAUGGCGCUCAGCAGCGACUCGAGUUGCACCCAGAAUUUGAAUAAUUCGACCAGCGGAUACGAGACGUUGGUGCUCAGCAAGGUGCCCAAUCAGAAGAAGAUGCCGAACUACGUGAAGACUCAUGUAGCGACAUUUCCAAAAUGGGCUCAAGGACUGUGGGAAGAGUCGCUUAUCGUCAAUGGUACAAUGACUUUCACCGAUCUGAACGGCUACAAUAGUUACACUUUCAUUACGGUCGACUCGAACGAAGAGACUGGUCGCUACAUUGUUUAUUCGAAGGAUCAGUGCGAGCAAGCGGCUUACUUGUGCUUAAUGAUGAGGCAACGAAGUGAAAACGUAUUGGAAUUCACAAUAGGAAUGGUAUUAAGUCCUGUUUACAAGCCGUACUUAUGCGACGAUCCGAAUUUAGACAAACCUGUGUGGAUGACACAAGCGCGAGUCGAACGCGCCGUGGAAUCACCUUGUCCAAUCACUGGCCAAUACAUGGGAAUGAUAACUGACCUGUCGGGAAUGUGCGCCGAAUUAAGUAGCAAUUGCAACACUCGCGAGAUAAUGUACUUCAAAGUCACCGAUUGCGAGUCCGGAGAACUUUACGAGGAACGAACGUACUUGUGUUUGGGACAGUGGGAAGAGAAAGGUGUCAUGUACACGUACACCAUGAGAAAUGAUACCAGCACGAACGAAUGUUUUGUCGGGUUGAUAGUGAACGACGAGGAAAUCUACAUCAAGGAAGCCGGAGAUCACUGCAUUCGAAACAUUGAUCCUAAAAAGGAAGGAAUGCGCCUGUACAAAAAAGGUCAGUGUUAUGGUAACUCCCCGAGUCCUGCGCCGACACCGAUGAAACCAAUUCCUCGUAAUCCAAUAAUGAGAAUUGCGACAACACCACGGUCUACGAUAUCAGAAACUGGCGGUAUACCGGGAAACAAUAUUCCAUCCUUGUCUUCCGGUAAAGCUAAUGGAUCAUGCGGUUUUGUGAUACUGGUAUCGAUACUUACUCUCGCUAAAAGUGUUUAUACAUAUGUCUGAGUAAGUAUACUGCCAUUAGCGAUAACGAGCUAGCGAAUGAAAUAUUUUUGUGUGACCAAUGCGAACCAGGAUACCCUAAGAGUGCGUAGAAAUCGUGUCAUUCGAUUAACUUGGAUUAACUUUGUACUCGAAUAGAAACUGGCUUCUACAAGAGGAUUUACAAAAUUGAAUUUUCAGUUAGAUCAACUGAACAUGAUCUGCGUGAAUGGUAUAAAAUUUCAAAUACCAAAAACUAUGUCUACCAUCCGUUUUACUCUUGAUGAUGCGUAGAAUCACUUUUAUAGAUGAAUAAACGUUACUAACUAACGACGUUCUCGCCAAACACUGCCUUGUAAGAUACAAGUAGUAGGAAACUAAAAACUUAUAUCGCUAGGAGAAUCCAAAGAACGCAACAUCCAGUAUCUGUUUUUAACGCAUCGCUCAUAUUCUCUCUAAUACUGUAUGAAACUUUUUUUUAGUCGAAUUUACUAAUUACGUGGUUACAGCACAAUUACUGCCACAAUACAUUAAUGAAAAGACUAUCUGUAAUAUACAAGAGAUCUUACCUUUCCUUUGAAUUUUGUAUUUUUCAUAGCAAGUAGGCUGUACAAUACUUUGUGAUUGCUUCACGGACAAUUUAAUCACGCAAUUUUUAAUACUUUACAUUAUUUUAAUAACUAAAUUAUGAAUAUGAAGAAUACCGAACACUGAAUAUAAAGAUACAAAAUUCAAUAGAAUGAUCGAGUACGUGUAACUGUUCUUAUUAAUUAAUAAAUAAGACUGACUCUAUUAACUCUAUUCUAUGAGGAUAGUUCCACGUGAAAAAUAUUGCUUGAUCGAACCGUUUCCGGUGGACUAUUCCGUGCAUUAGUAACUAUAAUAACUUACAUUUAAAUGCAUUUAAAUUUACAUUGUUACUUAUAGAAAAGAAACAAGACUAUUUUAUAACAAAUUGUCUAUUAUAAUACUGUUUAACAACGAACCCUGUAAAAAAAGAAACAAAUAUUUAAAGCAAUAUCAUGUGAAAAAAUCUAUUUUAUUAUGUAUACAACUUUACACUCAUAGUAAUACAUAUAUAAAAGAAAACACAGAAAGUAAAUUGUAAUACUAAUAGUUAAGGUAUCAUUACGUGUAAUUAUUUCUGUGAUUUUUUCAAAAAUUGUUUAACAAUAGUAAGUUAUAUAUACGUUACAGUUUGUAUAAAAUAUUGUAAACAAAUCUCAUAUUUAUGAUGCAUGUAGGACUUUCAUCUGCAAGUAUUAUAUGAAAUGGUACUUUUAUAAAAUACUUUUACGACUUGUUUUUAUAUUUAUGUGUAAAUGUAUAUACUGAAAUAUGUAUUUGUAAACUUGGCGUUUCAUUUAUUAGCGUAUAAUUUUAAUAACGUACUCGGUAAUAUACAUAAUGUAGAUAACAUUUUCAC